AAAAAAAAAAGGCAGCUGAAUCUGCAAGUUAGGGUUCUUCCGACAUGAAUCUUGCCCCAAUCUCCAGCAACUAAAAAGGAUGAAGAGACUAAGAUCCAGCGACGACCUUGAUUUUUCUAAAGAUAAGAAUGUUGACGGAGAACCUCCCAACUCGGACCGCCCGGCCUCUUCCUCCCACCGGGGCUUCUUCCACAAGUCCUUCUCGGGCAACAACAACCGUGACCGCGGGGAAGAUGCUGCCGGCUUCUCCAGGGCUUUUUCCCGUAGGCGAUCCAAUCGUGACUUCGAUAAUCAUCGGCCGGAUGCCCGGUACCAUCGAUCUGAGAGCGCUUGUUUCCCAAGGAGGGCUUUUCCAAAGGGAUUUCGUUCUGAGAGGGAGAGGCCCAACAGGGAAGCUAGUGUCUCUUCCUGGAGGAGGUUUGGUGGUCCUGGUAAUGACUUUGGCGUUGAAGACCUGAAAGAUAGGAGAUUAAGGGACGCUGAAAGGGAAAGGACUCUCAAAUCCCCUUCUUGGUCCAGAGACUCGGCUAACGACCUUUCCAAAUUCAAACCUCUCGAUUCCAGAAAUUCCCGCUCCAGAUCCAAAUCUCUAGCUUCUCCAACAUGGUCCAAAGAUUCCGGGAGUGAGCAAUCCAAAAGUGUUGGAAAUGUUGUCAAGAAAACCGAGGAGGAAGUGCAGGGUAAGAGCAGUACAAGCAGUAGCGAGAUGGAGGAAGGAGAGCUGGAGCCAGAGCCCCAACCGGAGACUGCCUCAGGGCUUGCUCAUCAAAUCAAACAUGACAGUAAACUACCUCCCUGCGCUGCUGAUGAGCAUAAGAACGCAAGGAUUGAUAGUAGCUUCCAGGAGAUUGGAAAAAACGCUCAACUUGAUACCAACACUGAGAGUAACAGGGAACUCAGUCAUGUGGGUGGUGAUAGUGAAAUGGAAACGGCUGGGAGCAUGACGGAUAAGAAAAGUGUUGCAGACGCGGAAAAUGUGCCUGAGCUUGCAACUGAGUCCAUGCAUGUUUCUCAAAACAACGUGAACGAUACUUCUACAGCUUUGGCUAUUGAACACGAGCGUAGAGAUGACACAACCACUGCUAGUGUCAAUGAGAUUACAGAUACGGUUGAUGAUAAAGGUGACAAAGAUGGGGAAUAUAAGGAGAACCAUCAUGGAGUGAAGUUGGAAGAAACUCUUUAUCCAGAUGUUCCUGAACGGUUUCAGGUAGAAGAGCUUAAGGGAGUGAAGGGUAAUGAUGGUGAUGCCAACAAAGUGGACGAUGAAGGCCCGGAAUGUGUUCAGGAAAAUGCUCUAGGUAAUAGAACGCCUGCACAAUACAUAAGCAGUGUAUCCGAUAGCUCCACCCACAAAUGCGAGGAUAAAGGCAAAAAUUCUGAUGUCCCACUUACUCAUUUACUAGGAAAUGCCCUCUUUUCUGAAAGCAAGUCUGAGGAUCUUACUGACAAGGAUAAAGAUGAAAAAGAUGACAACUUCGGAGGACCGAGUAUCAGGGGGUUUGAACUGUUCUCUAGUUCUCCGGUUAGGAGAACAACGAAAACGGAGCAGUCAGGUGUCAAUAAGCCCAAGGAUGAGAAGUUGUUGUUGGAGCCACUGGAUCUGUCACUUAGCCUACCAGAUGUAUUGUUGCCGAUUGGUGGCCAGGAUACUAAUCAGCCUCUCGGGUCACCAGUCCGUUCUGGAAGUGUUCGGUCUUUGACAGACACGUUUUGUACCAAUUCUGAUGGCUUCACCAUGUCUAUGUCCUUUUCAGGUUCCCGUUCGUUUAAUCAUAAUCCAAGCUGUUCGUUGAAUCACAAUAUUGGAGACAAUGAGCAGUCAGUUCAUAGCCGACCUAUAUUUCAGGGUAUAGAUUGGCAGGCACUGUCUCAUAAUGAUUCAAAGUACAACGAGAAUACAGUCUAUCAAAGACUAAUGGAAAAUGGAAAUGGUUCAGUUCAACCUCGAGCAAUGAAAGGCAAUUUAAUUUCAGGUCAAGCUGAUGAAGAGCAUCUUAGAUUGCCCGAUGGGAGCUCUAAGGCAGCAAAUAUACUUGAGAAACAAUUGAGUUUCCAGAAAAGUGUUGAUGUUAGAUCAGCAUGUCCAAGAACGGGCUCUCUUGAAAAUGGUUCAAAGUUUACUGUUGAGAAGAAAAAAGCCAAGGACUUUUUUAGUGGUAGUAAUUCCUGGAUAACUGGGCUGGAAGCUGGUGGGCAUGAUUUUGUUGAGACGGUCAUCAGAUACAUUCUCUCCGAUUCGAUGCCUGUAAUGACCAAGAGAUUUCAUGAAAUGCCCACUCGAUACAUAACUAGCCUGAAGGAAAACAUCCGGCAGAUGAUGCUGAACAUGGAUAAGAAUGUACAACUUGGUGCUUUUCAGGAUGCUCUGCAGAACAGGACUGAUAUAACACUGGAAUUGCUUACAAAAUCUCAUCGCGCUCAGUUGGAGAUCUUGGUCGCACUGAAAGCUGGGCGUUCUGAUUUCCUUCUGAUGGACAACAGCAUCUCGUCUUCCCAUUUAGCUGAGAUUUACAUGAACAUGAGAUGCAAAAAUCUUUCUUGUAGGGUUCUGUUACCUGUGGAUGAAUGUGAUUGCAGGGUUUGUUCAAGGAAGGAUGGAUUUUGUAGUGCUUGCAUGUGUCUUGUGUGCUCAAAUUUUGAUAUGGCAUCCAACACCUGUAGCUGGGUUGGGUGUGAUGUGUGCCUACACUGGUGCCAUACAGAUUGUGGGAUAAGAGAGUCUUACAUCCGGAAUGGGAUCAAUGCUUCUGGUGCUCCAGGGAUGACGGAGAUGCAAUUCCACUGUGUUGCCUGUAACCAUCCCUCAGAGAUGUUUGGCUUUGUCAAAGAAGUGUUUCUGAAUUUUGCCAGGGAAUGGAAAUUUGAGCGCUUUUGCAAGGAACUGGAGUAUGUCAAUAAGAUAUUUUCAUCAAGCAAAGACUCUCGAGGGAAACAGCUGAGACAAGCUGCUGAUACGAUGCUGGCAAGUUUGAAAAGUAAAUUGAUAGGCCUUCCUGAAGCUUGCAAUCGCAUAUUGGGUUUCGUUUCAGACUGUGAUUCGUCCACUCCUGCUGAAACUUGUGCACCGUUCAGAUACGAACAGCCAAAACCCAGGCAUGAGAGGGGAAGCCCUAGUCAGGACACAGCGUGGCUGAGAUCGGUGUGCUCAGAUAAACCGCACCAUCAGCUGAAAAGGUCAGCGAGCGUAGUUGAUGCGUUCCACAGAGAGAGACAAGUUGAAAUAUGUGGAGUGGAGAUGGAGUUGAAAAGGGAAUCACCAAAGGAACCUCGUUUCGAAGAGCUAGAGAGCAUUGUGAGAAUGAAGCAAGCAGAGGCAGAGAUGUUCCAAGGACGGGCAGAUGAUGCACGAAGAGAAGCAGAGGGGCUGAAACGAAUAGCAAUAGCGAAGAAGGAGAAGAUAGAGGAAGAGUACAAGCGGAGAAUGGGGAAGUUGAGUAUGGAGGAGGCAGAGGAGAGAAGGAGGAGGAGGUACGAGGAGUUGGAGGCAAUGGAGAGAGGGCAGAGAGAGUUUUAUGAAAUGAAGAUGAGAAUGGAGGAAGAGAUGAGAGGGCUUCUCACCAAAAUGGAAGUGACGAAGCAGAGUCUGGCCUUGUAAUAUUUGUAGUAGUAAAUCAUAUGUAAUGUACACACAAACCUCCUCGUAUGUAACCUAAAGAUAAAUGUAAGGUCUUCUUUUAGAGAGUAUUAAAGAGUUUUGCGUCCU